UGAUUAGAACAAAGCACAGUCCUAAACAUCGUCGCACUCACGGAGUCUCGGUCUCCACAUAUGCUUCUUCCACGACAAGCAGCGGAGGAUAGGCCGGCGUAAAGCACGGCCACGUAAUCCAUGAACACCAGAUACGUCAUAGUGAUUUAAUAUCUUCUCAAGUAUGGGCGACGUGGCUUUUUUCUUUACUGUCGGAUGGAGCAAAAGUUUUUGACUUUUUUCUCCUGGGCUAAGCAUACCUUCGGAUUUACACAUGAGAAGGAGAAAUUUCUUUCCCUACCUCCUUUUUACAUCUACUUCACGAGACGGACAGCUGCUUCUGCUUCCCAGAGCUGUCACCUACUUGUGGUAGUCUGGUUGAGCAGUACUUUGUCGCUCUACACACUCCUUGGGAUAUCUGGUCUCUCUCUCUCUGGCGUCUACUCUACUCUAUCCUCCCUCUCUGGAUUCUGGAACAUAAGAAGCGGAAUGGAGAAUGCACGUCAUAGAUAUUGAUGAUAAUGAUGCUUCACGGUGAAGAGAGACUAAAGAUCAGAGGAACACUUGGAGCUCUCAAACAAGAAUCCAGCCUCAUUCCCUCCCUCUCAUUUUCUUUUUUUGGCAACGAAAGAAACCCAAUGCGGCAGGGAAGGGAAAGAAGAACUACUACCCUUGAAUGAAAAUGUUUUCGUUUCUCCUUGCAAUCAUUGUUUCAGUUUUACUACUCUCUCUACACAGCUUAGUUCCAGCUACUGCUGCUACUCAUCCUACCGCCUUGAUUUCGCCUCCGGUGAACUUACUUCCUCCCUCUGAUGCUCUCUCACUUCUAAAGUUCAAAUCAAAAGCAGAUUUCCAUAACAACCUGCCCUUCUCGGUUAAGAAACGCUUCGACUACUGUCACUGGCAGGGAGUGAAAUGCUCAGACGGCAAAGUGGUUCGCCUCGUCCUCGAAGGUUGUGCCCUCGCCGGUGUCUUUGCUCCCGACACAUUGACUCGUCUUGACCAGCUCAGAAUCCUCAGCUUGCAGAACAACUCGCUCACCGGGCCGAUCCCCGACCUCUCCGGACUCGUCAACCUCAAGACCCUCUUCCUCGACCACAACUCCUUCUCCGGUGUAAUCCUCGCUUCUAUAUCGUCUCUCCAUCGCCUUCGCACCUUGGAUCUCUCCUCUAACAACCUUACAGGCCCAAUCCCUUCCGGUUUGACCCUUCUAGACCGGCUCUACUAUCUCCGGCUCGAUAAGAAUCGGCUGGUCGGCGCCGUCCCUCCGUUUAACCAGUCCUCUCUCCUAGUCUUCAAUGUUUCACGGAAUAACCUCACCGGCGCUGUACCCGUCACUCCCACGCUCUCCCGUUUCGACACCUCCGCCUUUUCCUCCAACCCUGGUCUCUGCGGCGAGAUUAUACGCAAGGAAUGCUUCCCGCAACUACCCUUCUUUAGGUCCUCGGUACCCGCACCUUCCCCGGCAACGUCCGGACAGAACCAAGGGCUUAUUCUACCCCCGCCGUCUAAGAAGGAGCACCAGCGAACGAACGUAAUCCUGGGAAUCUCAUUUGGGGUUGCAGUUCUACUUGGCUCCCUGGUGUGUUUUCUGCUGAUGUUAAACAGACGAAAAGGCCAAGGGGUCCUGACACCGAUGAUGGCUUCGGAUUUAGCAGCUACCGCCGACGCUGCUGCUGUAAUGCGCGUAGAAGAAGAGAACGAAUUGGAGGCGAAGGUGAAAGAGAUGCAAGGGAUGAAGGUGGCGAAGAGUGGGUGCUUGAUAUUCUGUGCAGGGGAGCCGCAGGUGUACACUCUAGAGCAGUUAAUGAGGGCUUCGGCCGAGAUGCUAGGUAGGGGGACAAUCGGUACGGCUUAUAAGGCCGUGUUGGACAACCAGCUCAUCGUCAGCGUAAAGAGACUCGACGCCGGUAAGACGGCGGUCACAAGUAAGGAAAUGUUCGAGCGCCACAUGGAAUCUGUUGGGGGCCUCCGACAUCCAAAUCUAGUUCCGCUCAGAGCUUAUUUCCAGACCAAGGAAGAGAGACUCCUCAUCUACGAUUACCAACCCAACGGAAGCCUCUUCUCCCUCGUACACGGUUCGAGAUCAACACGGGCUAGGCCACUCCACUGGACUUCAUGCUUGAAAAUAGCAGAGGACGUGGCGCAGGGCCUGGCAUAUAUACAUCAAGCAUCCAGGCUCGUUCACGGCAACCUCAAGUCCUCCAAUGUACUCCUGGGUCCCGACUUCGAGGCUUGUCUCACCGAUUAUUGCCUCGCUGUGCUCGCCGAUACUUCUUCCGAAGAUGAAACUCCUGACUCCGCCGGAUAUAGGGCCCCUGAGGCCCGCAAGUCCAGUCGUCGAGCCACCUCCAAAUCCGAUGUUUAUUCCUUCGGCGUCCUCUUACUAGAACUUCUGACCGGAAAACCCCCAUCCCUGCAUCCCCUUCUCAUAUCCAGUGAUCUGCUUAAUUGGGUCAGAUCCGUCAGGGAUGGCGACAGUGGCGAAGAGAACCGGCUAGCCAUACUUGUUGAGAUAGCCACCACCUGCAGUCAGACAUCUCCGGAACAGAGACCCACGAUGUGGCAAGUGUUGAAGAUGCUCCAGGAGUUUAAGGACACGGCGAUGAUGGAAGACAAUCCCUUGUAGUAAAUAUCCAUACUACUCAGUACUGGUUCUCUUUUUUUCCAUCUCUAAGCUCUAGCGAUGGUGGUUGUCUUUAUUAAUGAUGGUACUACCUACUAGUUACUAUUCACACGAUCCAACAAUCCAACACCAUCGACAAAAGUGGGCAGCGGUACCUCCUCCUGAAUUGCAAUGAAACAAUGUAUCGACUCCCAUUGUCAGUGAAUAGUAAAUUAGUAAUAAACACAACAAAUUUUUGGAGUUGAUC